AUGUUGUUUCCAACUUUAUAUCAACUCGCCGCCAAGUCAGUUGCUCAACAAAUUUAUAGCGAUAGCAUUUCAAUCGAUUUCAUUUUCGACAUAAAAUCCAGCAAUGGAGAAUUCAGACAGCUUUUAGAAUUGGACCCGAAAAAUAUUGAAAAAUUAAAAACCCACAAAAAUCAGCUAUCAACACUAACAGAACUGGAUUUAAGGAAAUGUAAAAUUGAUAAAAGAGCAUUGAAUUUGAAAAGUUUCAGAUUUAAUGCACUGGAAUUCGGAGAAUUGUAUCAUUUGAAAAAGGAAUUCCCAGAUCCAACGAAUAUUCAUGGAAUCGACAUUGUGAGUUUGUUGGAGAAAACACUGAAUGAAAUUACACAAGAAAAGAUGGUUCAUUUGGGAUUUUCUGGCAAGGAGGAGAUUACAAUUGAUUGGGAGGAAAAGGUGACCUGUUUGAAGUUUUCUUGA